GAAGCGGCAGCGGGAUGAGGGCAGGGGUAAAAUGGCCGCAGCCCCCAGCUCGCCCCGGGGCUGAGGGGGACGACGGUGGAAGCGGAUCCUGGCAGAGGGGUCGGCAGCCAUCUUCAGGAGGGUCGGUGGGUGAUGAGGGCGGAGGAGGAAGAGGAAGAGGCGCUGCCCGCCCCCGGCGGGUCAGAGCGGGGAAGUCGCCGCCCGAAGAUGGCCGCCGCGGUGGGGGAUGUGUGCGGCUCCGUCUCGGGGAACCGCGCCGGGACUGGGACUGCGGCUGCGGCGGAGGCGCGGUUCAUCAGCAGCGCCAAGGGGAAAGGCUUGUUCGCCACCAGGAACAUCCGCAAAGGCGAAGUCGUCUUCGUGGAGAGGCCGGUGGUGUCGUCCCAGUUCCUCUGGAAUGCUCUGUACAACUACCGAGUGCCGGUCUGUCUUGCCGCCCUGCAGCCUGUGACCACUGCCUGCGUGCUCUGGAGACCGCGGAGGAGAACGCCCAGCGGCUGCUGGGGAGGAGCUCGCUGGUGCUGCCUCACCCCGAGCAGUGCAGCAUCCGCAAAGACCUGCACCAGCAGUGCCCCCGCUGCCAGGUCAUGUACUGCAGUGCUGAGUGCAGGCAGGCCGCUUUGGAGCAGUACCACCAGGUCCUCUGCCUCGGCCCAUCCCGUGACGACCCCACGCACCCUCUCAACAAGCUGCAGGAGGCAUGGAGAAACAUGCAUUAUCCACCAGAGACUUCCAGCAUCAUGCUCAUGGCCCGGAUGGUUGCCACCGUCAAGCAGGCUAAAGACAAGGAGUGGUGGAUCAAGGCCUUCUCUCAGUUCUGCAGUAAGACAGCAAAUGAAGAGGAGGAGAUUGUGCACAAGCUGCUAGGGGACAAAUUUAAAGGCCAGCUGGAGCUGCUGCGGUUACUCUUCACCGAAGCCCUUUAUGAGGAACACCUCAGCAGGUGGUUCACUCCAGAAGGCUUUCGAUCUCUCUUUGCCCUCAUUGGGACCAAUGGCCAAGGCAUAGGAACAAGCUCUCUGAGCCAGUGGGUGCACGCCUGUGACGCGCUGGAUCUGCCCAUGCUGCAGCGGGAGGAGCUGGAUGCCUUCAUUGACCAGCUCUACAAGGACAUUGAGAAGGAGUCAGGAGAGUUCCUCAACUGCGAGGGAUCAGGUCUCUACGUGCUCCAGAGCUGCUGUAACCACAGCUGCAUCCCCAAUGCUGAGACAUCUUUCCCAGAAAACAACUUCCUCCUGCAUCUGACAGCUCUGGAGGACAUCAAAGCAGGAGAGGAAAUCUGCAUCAGCUACUUGGACUGCUGUCAGAGGGAGCGUAGCAGACACAGCCGCAACAAGAUACUCAGGGAGAACUACUUGUUUACCUGCUCGUGUCCCAAGUGCCUAGUGCAAGCUGAUGAUGCCGAUGUGACCUCGGAUGAAGAGGAGGAGGGCGAAGGGGAGACAGAUGAUGCUGAGCUGGAGGAUGAGAUGACUGACGUUUGAUCCUGGCCCUGGGCAAGAAGAGAGGAAGGGACUGGGAGAACCCUCCGAGAGGCAGCAGCUUUACAAUAAUCGAAACAGGGUUGUGUUGUGGGGGUCGGGUGGGAGGCCAGGUGCUGGUGGUGGAUGCGGAGGUCUGGUGGAGCUGGGCAGCAGGCAGACAGAGGCAGCCUCUGCCCCUGCCUGGCCUCCUCUUGUGUGUGCGUGUGUCAGGCUGUGCCUGUCCUCCCUGCAAGGGGAGGCUGUGAGCUGGUGGACCCUGCUGCUCCCCACUCCCGACAGAGGGGCUGGCUGGUGCUUGCAAAGGUGGCUGGAGGAGAGCAGGGUCCAGCCAGCCCCUGGGACAUCAGGAUGGUCACCUCAUGGUUACCCAGGAGGCUGCUUUGCCAUGUCUGUGCCAACUGUGGACAUGGAGAAGCAGGUCCUUGCCUGGGGUUUGAGGGGAAUGUAUGUGCCUGUGUGUUGUCUGUGUGUUUGUGCACCAGGGGUACUAUUUAAUGUCUAUUUAGCACUAUCUACACACUACGAGCUGGGGUCCUUCUGUAUUCUCUAUUCCAUGCCUCAGCUUGGUGAGCAGCAAGGGGCAAAGCAACUUUGUGGGUGGGCCAGAGACACCUGGGUGACUUAGAUGCCUGAAUUCAACAGAAAGAGUGGGGGCAACCCUUGCAGGCACCUCCUUUUCACGUCGGCCCCAUCCCUGAUGUGAUGCUAAGCCCUGUGCAGCAGUUGCCAGGCUUUCUGGGAAGAGGGAACAGGCAGGCUGUGGCUAGCGCAGAGCUGACAUGGGUUACAGUGCUGUGCCAGCAAAGUCACCACCCAGAACCCAGAAGAUACUUUGAGUUUUGCAAAAAAUGAGCCAGCCUGCUGGGCUGCCUAUCUGUGGGCCACUUCAGGAGGGUGUGCCCAAGCAGAAGCCACCAUGCCCAGGGACACACCGAGUUACCCAACCUGGGGAUGUCAGUGGCAGCUGAAGGUUGUCAUCCAUCCCACCCCCAACAAGGUCACACUGCUCUCUGCAGUACUCCUGUCUGUGGACUGCACUGCUAGAGAGAGAAUACAGCUCCAGGUGAUGGACAGACAGCAGGUUGGGGAUGUGCCUAGGGUGUUUUCCUGGCCAUGUGGAUUUUGGGGAGCUGUUUCCUGUUGAGCCUUGCUUGCAGGACUGUGGGUGAUGCUGCAUAUGGGCACCUCUGACACCACCAUCACCACCAGCCCUGCACCCUGCUGCUUGUGCCCUGUUGUUCCAGGGCCCCUUCUGUGUAAUAAACCAGGACUGGAGAGAA